GACGAAAGUGCCUAGACAAAGGUUAGUCCCGGAGCAAAGCCCAGCUCUCACAUCCUCCAUUACCGGUAUCGGGCAACCAGGAUCGACGCUGGAGUCUGUUGGACCGCUUCAACAUCCAUGAGUCUCUCUAUCUUCUUUAGCUUCCGUAACCUCUCUAGAUUUUUUAAUUCUUCUCGGGAUGAAGUAACAGCACACAAUAUGUCUUCAGCUCAGGAUCCAUUUUACAUCGUUAAAGAGGAGAUUCAGGAAUCUAUUGAUAAGCUGCAAUCUACUUUCCACCACUGGGAAAACAUCCCUCCAAAUACAGGAGAACGAGUCCAUCUUACAAAGGACUUGCUAGCUGGCUGUGAGAGCAUUGAAUGGCAGGUGGACGAAUUGGAAAAGGCAAUUGCAGUAGCAGCUAGAGAUCCUACCUGGUAUGGCAUUGAUGAAGUGGAGCUUGACAAACGGAAAAGAUGGACCAGCACGGCUCGUGCUCAGGUAGCUACUAUCAGGAAAACUGUAGAAGUUGGAAAGGAUCAGAACACUACAGUAACCAGUGGUCUUAAUGGAAUGCGUCAAGAGCUAAUGAGGCUUCCAGAUCAACAUCAGGCAGCUAGGUCCAAUCAGUACAUGUCUGAAGAUAAUGAUGAUUUUAUAACAUCAGAGUCAGAUAGACAGCUGCUUCUCAUAAAGCAGCAAGAUGAAGAGCUGGAUGAGCUUAGUUCAAGUGUGGAGAGAAUUGGCAAUGUAGGACUUACCAUACACGAGGAACUUCUUGGACAGGAGAAGAUCAUACAGGAUUUGAGCUUGGAAAUGGACAGUACUUCAAAUCGUCUUGAUUUUGUUCAGAAGAAGGUGGCUAUGGUUAUGAAGAAGGCCAGUGCCAAGGGCCAGAUUAUGAUGAUAUUGUUUUUGGUAGUUCUGUUCAUUGUUCUCUUUGUUUUGGUUUUCUUCACCUAGUCCAUACGGAGAGGUAUGCUGCUUUAGUAGAGAGAGCUUCAUGGUAGCAAUUAAAUUGAGGAAUUCGAAGCAAUAUGAAAUGGUUGCAGUCUUACAUAUCUGGGUUAUUAGAUCAGUUGCCACCUAAUGAAGCUGUUCAAUCAGAACCUCUCCUCUUUUGGGACAACCGCAUUUUCCACAAAACAAGUAGGAAAUGAUAUAGAUUUUAUUGGUGGUACAAGUUGGAGGUUGAAAAUAGGUUUAUAUAAUUCUUUUCCUCUUCACGUAUCUGUGUGUUUUAUUUGUGUUAAGAGAGAUAUUAGUAGGGUUAGAUGCAUGUGGACCAAAGAUGCUUAUCGAGAAGCCUAGUGCUCGGUAGGACCUUCCUGGGGUUGUUUUGUUUAUGUAUGAUAUGCCACAAGCAACAGUGCCUUAUUUUUUAUGGAAAAUAAUAAGUGUUUGGAAAUAUCAGGAGUUGUAGACUGAUCUCAGGAUC